GUUCAGUAUAUAAAAUAAAGCGAAUAGUCUGUGCCGUAUAUAUUAUGCAUGAGCAUAAAUGUUACAAAACUGGUGACUGUGGAGACUGCUGCGUUCACUUCGGUGUCGACAAAGGUACCGAGGUCCCUCAACAUAGAAACAAAGCAAGAAAGAGCUAGAAAGGAAAACCUCUGAGUUGUUCUAGAUGUAGUCCAUUAGAAAGGCCGUGUCCUGUGUGUCGCAUCCUUCUGUAGCUCCGUUAAAGCUCAUUAAAUGCUCGCUAAUGGCUGAAUAUGAUGAGACCAAGGGGCAGAGGCCGAGCGUGAGAUGGAGUGCCACGUUACAAGGGUUCCUCGGCAUUUUUGCAGUCAGCAGUUUGCGCGUCACCUCAUCUCAUUCCUAUUCACUCAUCCUCCCUGUUUUCACUCCUCCAUUUCUGUCAGGUUGUUAAGAAAGCGUCAGGAGGAGGGGAGCCCCACUAGCGUUUCCUCCGCAGAGCUGGUUGAACGUCUUCAGAAAGAAGCUCCAGAUGAGGCGAGACAAAGGCGAGCGGUGAGGCUCAACAGGUACUUGUUUGUCUUUGGGGACGGUGGAGAAGGGAGGUUAGACAGGCCUGAAGAACAUCUCAUUAAAGACCUGGACAGGAAUCGCUGAGUCAUUCAGAAGAGCUUCAGACUCCAGACAUAACUUCGAACCCUCUUCACAUCUCCCUGACAGAGCUCCGACGCACCAAAAUAAGAUUUGUUUUGGCGGCGUGUGAUUGGAGGAGAUGGGUUUCUGGUUUUCGCUCCUCCUCGCAAGUGCUUGGGUUUUUCUUCGGAUGGAGUUACGAGGUGUGUGUGGGCAGCAGGCAUUCAAGACAGAGCCACGUAAUGUGACGGUCAGGGCGGGGGCCACAGCUCUGCUGAAGUGUGAAGUGCUGAGGGCCUCAGGGGCCGUGCAGUGGGUUAAAGACGGGCUGCUCCUGGGACCUCAGAGAUCGCUGCCUGGCUACCCACGCUACAGCAUGACAGGAGACCAGCAGAAAGGCCAGUACCAUAUUCAGAUUGUCGAUGUGAGCUUAGAAGACGACGGCCCCUACGAGUGCCAAGUGGGCCGCUCUGUGAGCAGUCGCGCCAUCGUGUCCCGUACAUCCUGGCUCAAUGUGCAGAUCCCGCCCUCACAGCCGUACAUCCAGCUGGAGUCUGAUGAGCCGUGGGUGGAGGGAGACGAAUACACGGUGACCUGCAUCGCUCCUGAUGCAAAACCUCCUGCGGAAAUCACCAUGUUCAGAGAUGGAGAGGAGCUGACGGAAACCAGUUCUUUCACAAUGUCAGGCUCACAGGAUAAACUUCAGAACACUCACGCUGAAGUCGUCAUCAGGGCACGAAGUUCAGACAACGCACGGCAGCUGACGUGUCGAGCGAAGAACCCAGCCUCCCCUCGGGUCCUCGAGACUCACGUGACCAUGAGUGUAUACUUUCCCCCGCAGGCUCCUGUGAUCAUGGGAUUAGAAAAUGAAGAGCUCAAAGCUGGUUCCUUUGUCAGGGUGGUGUGCAUGUCAUACGGGGGCAACCCGCUGGCCACUCUGCAUUGGACUAAGAACGGAGAGGUCCUGUCUACUAGCUGGGAGGAGGACAUUGUGUCACGUCACUCCAGUAGUGUGUUGAAAAUGGUGGUAAAGCCAGAGGACAAUCAUGCUGUGCUGCGGUGCGAGAGCGUCAACCAAGUGUCUACUUCACCGAUGUCCCUCACACGUUCUCUCACUGUCCUUUUUGAGCCAACCGAGAUAACGUUACUGGGUUCAUUUGAAGCCACAGAGGGAGAGGAGAUCAAUCUGUCCUGUUACACUUCCUCUAGUAAUCCUCCGGUCCACAUUCGCUGGUGGCUUGGGUUCAAGGAGCUCAACAGAACGAAUGUUACCAUCUCUGAGGGGUAUAAUGGUGGAAUGAUGACAGUGUCUAACUUAACACAUAAAGUCUCACGUGAGGACAAUGGUCUUUCUCUCACUUGCGAGGCGUUCAACAAAGGCACCCGCUUCUCUGGCGUUCGGUCUGAAGAGCUCAUUGUUUACUAUCCUCCUCAGAAGGUGUGGUUAGAUGCUCCUCCACCAAAUGUUUUCUUGCACUCUGGUUCAGUUCUUCGUUUGGUCUGUUUCUCCAGUGGUGGGAAUCCCACAGGUCAGCUGGUCUGGUUGAAGAACAAUAAAGUCGUGCAGACCGCAUCUAAGCAGGUGUCUUCAGAGCGUGGUGUGUCACGAGAGCUGCUUCUCAUCCUCCAGCCCAGCGACAAUCUGGCCACCUACCGCUGUGACUCCUCCAACAAAGCCAAGAAAGUUCUGUCCACCCAAACCAAACUCAGGGUUCUGUUUCCAGCAAUAAGCGUGAAGAUCGUGGCCAAGCAGCAGGAGCUACGCAGUGGUCAGAUGCUGGACCUGGACUGCCUGGCCGGAAGCAGCAAUCCCACUGCAAAUAUCAGCUGGAGUCUGGGCCCCACCAUUCUGAAGGGAGUUGACCAGGCUCCUAAAAAGGCAGAAUUUGGUGGGAUGUCCCGAACCAGUAAGCUGUCCCUCGCUCUUGACUCCCAUCACUGGAAGAAAAGGAUCACCUGUCAUGUUUUCAGCAAUGUGCUGUCUGAGGGUGUCAACAACUUCUACACUCUCAAUGUGCUCUUUCCUCCGGAGUUUUCGGAUGAGCAGCCCGAUGAGGUCCAGGUCACCGAGGAUGAAACGGCCACGCUUCCCGCCAAAGUCUUGGGCAAUCCGGACGAAAUCACCUGCGAGUGGAUUUUUCAGGGCGAGAAGCUGUUGAAAGAAAGAGAUCCUCGUUAUCACUUCGACGACUGGACCCUGGAAAUCGUCAACGUUUCUCGGCGAGACGGGGGCGAUUACAUCAUUGAGUGUUCCAAUGCUGAGGGGAAGAACCGCACAAAGCUCAAGCUGGAUGUACAGUAUGCCCCUACUGUUCAUAUGAAGUCUGAUCCCGUGUACGUGAACUUGGGAGACACGGCUGACUUACUGUGUGUCGCUGACGCCAACCCCAUCACCUACAGUAUGUUUUCCUGGAAGUGGAUGGGUGAAGGGGAAGUGGAUGAUCUGGGAGAGCAGAGUGAAGAUGAAGGCACCGGUUUGUUAACUAUAUACAAGGUGACUCGUGAGCAGGCAGGUCUUUACGAGUGUACUGCAGACAAUGGCAUAUCUCCUCCUGGAAGCGUGGAAGGACAGCUCAUCGUACGCUUUGCUCCAGAGCUUCAGAAGGGGCCGCAGUGGAGGAAGGUGGCCAGCCGGGGGGACGGCAGCAAUGAUGCAAAUGUAGUUUGUCAGGCACAAGGUGUUCCUCGUGUCCACUUCAUCUGGACAAAAAAUGCAUUUCCUUUAGACCUUGGCAACCCCAGGUAUGAGGAGAAGACGGAGGUGACAGGAACCGUCCACAACAGCAUUCUGACCGUUAUAAACGUGAGCGCAGCUUUGGACUACGCCAUCUUCACCUGCACCGCCCGCAACAGCAUGGGAGAGGACUCUCUAGACAUCCAGCUCCUCAGCACCAACCACCCCGAUCCCCCAUCAGACCUGAAGCUGCUCCGUGUCGACCAAAACGCCGUCACUCUGGAAUGGAUGCCCGGAUUUGAUGGUGGUUUGACACAAAACUUCCGUGUCAGGUACCGGUGGGCGGGAUCAGUGAGUUUCAUGUACGUGGACGUGUUUCCUCCGACGGCCACUGUUUAUACAGUCACAGGCCUCAACCCUUCCACCACGUACAACUUUUCGGUCAACGCUAUCAAUACAAUGGGAGAGAGCAGCUAUGCAGACAGCAACAAAAUACUGACGGUCACCACUGCCGAUGCGAAGGAAGCGGUUGAUGGGGUCUCCCCAGCAGACCCGGACUCGGCUCUUGCAGGUCGCGGUCUUCCUGUCUACGUGGUGGUGAUCCUGGUUGUGGGUGGUCUUCUAUUGUUGCUAAACCCUCUGAGCUGCUUUCUAUUGGCCAAAUGGAAAAGGGGGCGGAGCCUGAAAGAGGACACAGGGAGCGUUUCGCAGGAGACCAAAAGCGAGGAGCAGAGGUCCACAGCGAGCGGCUCAACACGCUAUGCGAGCAGAGAGCUUAUCAACGCCUCGGCACAGCGAACGCUCCUCAUCGACAGCAGCUCUGAGCCUGACAGCAGCGUCUAUGAGAGCUACGGACGGCAGGAGAGUACUCAUUAUUACUACCCAACAGAGGUAUACAGUCCUGCCCUGUUCACUCACCUCGAAGGCCCUGAGGAUCAUGAUGGCAGACACGACACGAACCCUCUCGCUCACGACUAUGAGGAGGUGAGAGGCUGCGGGACCUACGAGGACCUGCAGGGCUACUCACUGCUGCCCCCUGCUGCCCAACUUCAUCCACGAGCCCCAGUAUCCAGCUUCUACGAGGGAAGAGCGUACGGUAAAGCCGAUGUGGACGUUUAUGAUUCUAUGGUGUACAGACGCAGAAGAGACACAGACUUGCCAUUUGAGCUCAGAGGGGAGCUGGUUUAAUAAUAGCAAGGCUGGUGUGUGCUCUAGUCUAGACCAGCUCUAUUCCGAGUUUGAGUUAAAACAUUUUCCCUUUUACUGUUUCUGUUUGUCUAAAAUAUGUUGGCUUUUUUCUUUUUGCAUUUCAAAUUGACUACAAAUGUUGAAAUUGCUAAAUGAAUGAUUAAAUUGUUUUUAAUUUAGUCUAAAUUAGAAGUUGUUGUUUUUUUUGUUUGCGUUUUUUUUUUUUACAUCGGCUGUAGCCACACAAUGUUUCUUUUUAGCAAAUCAGUUUUUUAUGCUCUCCAAGGUUGCAUUUAUUUGAACAAAAAUACAGUAAAAAAAUUGUAAUAUUGUGAAAUAUUAUUACAGUUUAAAAGAACUGUUUUCCAUUUGAAUAUAUUGUAAAACGCAAUUCAUUUCUUUGACGCAAAGCUGAGUUUUCUGGAAGUUUUGAAAGCUCAAAAGAACAACAUUUAUUUGAAAUUGAUAUUUUUUUGUAUUUUUUUUUCCCUGUCCUUAACUACAUUUAAAUGGUCUACUAAAUUUUUAAAUGCAAUACAUUUAUUUUAAAAACUGAGCCCUGUAGUGUUUGUCUAAGCAAGUUAAACUAUAGAGGAAAGGCUUUUUCCAUCGGCGUACAUGAUUUUUAAAAAUGAGUCCAUUUAUGCAUGUUAAUAUCAAUUACUAUAGCAAUAACAAUGUGCAAUUACAAGCUACUCUAGUGAUUGCAGAUUCAGUCAUUAAUUUGUAUUACUGGGGUCUUAAUUAUGAAUUUAGAUGUUAUGUAAAGCGUGACCCUUUCUGAGGCCUAGUUUAGAAUUGAUCAAGUUUUGUUAACUACCUUCUAAAAAAAACAAAAAAACAAUAGUAAUAAUAAUCUGAUAAGAACACAAUUAUGUAAGGCAAGUUUACAAGCCAUGAGGUACUACCAUACAUGCUAUUAUUUAUCCUGAGCUUAAUGGUUUUUCCUGAUGGCAUGUAUUCCUCUUGGGAUUCCUGGAAAGUGUGGAGCUUUUGUCCCAGGAGGAAGUCUUUGAAUGUGAGAACAGGGAUAAAAGUCUUGAAUCCUUGAGUCUGAGGAAGCAGACAACAAUAACAACAGCGGCAGCCUUCAGUGAUACACAUUUGUGUUAUUGUCAUGUAUAUGUCAUCACAAGAAGUUAAACAGGGAAUCUAGGCAAAGGCUAAAUUUUUUAUUGGCCUGAGACAAGAUUGCCGGCUUGGGAAAGAAAAAGGUUGCCUGAAAGAGAUUGUUCACCCAAAAACUACAAUUCUGUCAUCAUUUAUUCCCCUACAUGUCAUUUUUUUUUCUGUGAGAAACUAUGUUGCAUAAUGUUCAUGUUGCACUUUUCCAUAUAACAGUAAAAAUGCCUGUCAAGCCCCAAAGACUUAAAAUACAGCUUACAUUCUAAAGGUUAUUUGUAAAUAUUACAAUAAAAAUAAAACCACUACCUUAAAGGGACAGUCCACCAUUAAUUACUCACCCUCAUUUCGU